CUCCCACAGCUCUCGGACACAAGGUGCUGACCCCAGACGCCUGCCAUGAAACCGCACUUGAAGCAGUGGCGACAAGGAAUGCUUUGCGGAAUAUUUGCGUGGGGGCUUUUCUUCGUGGCGCUAUUCCUCUAUUUCACAGACAGCAACCCUGCUGCUCUGGUGCCCAGCUCCUGCCCACUCCUGGACACCAGACGGCUCCUGCCCCCGCAGGGCAAGCGCAGGGCCAUCAUGGGUGCCCUGCAGGAGCCCGCGGGGACUGAGAGCCUGGACUCCACCCGAGGGCUUCUCGACGGACCCGCUUCUGAGCACUUCUACCCCGGGCAAGAGGAGCUGCAGAAAUGGGCACAGCAGCCGGCUGGGCAGAAGGAAGCGGAGUUUCUAUCGUCUCAGCUGGGGAGAGAAUCCCAAAGCACUUUCUACACGGAUGCUGACGACUUUUUUGCAGCAGCUCAGGCAGGGCCGCGCCGCCAUCCGCAGGCCACUUGGGGGUCCCUGUUCCCCCGUGAUCAGGGCCAGCGCCCAGGGCUGUGGCCGCGCGGGCGCUGGAAGAAGCAGCCCUGGGGGCAGGGCCCGGCCCGCGCGCUGGAAGAGGGCGACGGCGACGGCGAGCGGCUGUCCUCCUCCAUGUCCAGGGCCUUCCUGCGGCGCCUCUGGAAGGGAAACGUGUCGUCCAAGAUGCUGGCCCCGCGCCUGCAGCAGGCGAUGAGGGACUACGUGAGCGCCAACAAGCACGGCGUGCGCUUCCGAGGGCGCCGGGCAGGGGCGCGGAGCCGCGCGCAGCUGCUGUGCCAGCUGCGGGGCCGCGUGCGCGUGCGCACGCUCGACGGCACCGAGGCGCCCUUCGCCGAGCUCGGCUGGCGCCACCUGGUACCCGCGGUGCCGCUCAGCCGGCUGCACCCGCACGGCCUGCGCAGCUGCGCCGUGGUCAUGUCCGCCGGUGCCAUCCUCAACUCCUCUCUGGGCCCCGAGAUCGAUUCACAUGAUGCAGUUUUAAGAUUUAACUCUGCUCCUACACGUGGCUAUGAGAAAGAUGUUGGAAAUAAAACUACUGUGCGCAUCAUUAACUCCCAGAUUUUGACCAACCCCAACCAUCAUUUCAUUGACAGUUCAUUGUAUAAAGAUGUAAUUUUGGUGGCCUGGGAUCCUGCUCCUUAUUCUGCAAAUCUUAAUUUGUGGUACAAGAAACCAGAUUACAACCUGUUCACUCCAUAUGUUCAGCAUCGUCAGAGAAACCCAAAGCAGCCAUUUUACAUUCUUCAUCCUAAAUUUAUAUGGCAGCUUUGGGAUAUAAUUCAGGAGAACACCAAGGAGAAGAUUCAACCCAACCCACCGUCUUCUGGUUUCAUUGGAAUCCUCAUCAUGAUGUCUAUGUGCAGUGAAGUGCAUGUGUAUGAGUAUCUACCUUCUGUCCGCCAGACGGAGCUUUGCCAUUACCAUGAGCUGUACUACGACGCGGCCUGCACACUUGGAGCCUACCACCCACUGCUCUAUGAGAAGCUGUUGGUGCAGCGUCUGAACACUGGUGCCCAGGGGGACCUGCACCACAAGGGCAAGGUGGUCCUGCCAGGGCUACGGGCUGUGCGCUGCCCUGCUCCCAAUCCUGCUGUUCCCCAGUCUUGAAAUCACCUUUGGAGAUGAAUGUGCAAUAAGGUACUACUGUUGUACAAUAAAUCACAGAAGAAUACUUGAAGAUAUAUUUUAGGCAAUGUUAGUCUUGAGUCUUUAAACUGUAGUUUAGUGGUGGCCAUCAGAAUUCUUCUCUUCCUAAGCCAUUGAGUAUCACUGCUUUGAAUAUAGAAUGAAAUUUUUUAAAAUAAAAGCUUGAGAAAGAUCUUUUAAAAGGGAGAAUAGUUUGCAGGAAAAUGCAAAUGUAUAACAAAUGAAUGCUGUACAUUAACAAAUGUUAACUUCCUUUCUGCUAUGGACACCUCUUUCAGGGUUGGUUUCAGCUACAGGUUUCAGUG